AUGCUGAUGAAGAACAGGACCAUGACUCGCCGACAAAUUAUGUUUCGUUAUCUGGAACUUCCAGCUAUAAGAAGGUUUCCAUCAGGUAAAUAAGAUGACCAACUGUGAGCUAGUCUGUUUUCUUAUGCUGAUGUUGAUUUACAAAGUGUGAGGACUUGCACCAUGGACUUGGCGACUGGAUGAGUGGGUUUUGAUUUUCAAUGCAUGAGAUCAACUUUGCAGAAUGGUUUAGGCUUCUCUUCUGAAGACGAGGUUGAAGUACCAGAUUUUCAUAAGAGCAAUGUUGAUUGCAAUGUUGGAAGUGACUCAAUUAGCUCAAAACCUGAUGGUUCUUCUUUUGUUCCAGAUGAAUGGAUGUCUGACGUAAAGAAAAGAAGUACGUCCAGCAAUAGUGAGCAUAAUGUAUCUGCGGUUCUUGAUCGUUAUACUAAAGGAAAUGAAAACCAAGUUGAGCCGUGCACAUCUUCUGCAGUUUACGGAGAGAAUAGAAGACUGGAACAAAUGAGUAAAAAUGCCGGAUGGCUCAUGGGCGAUCCUUUAUUUUUAGAAGACAAGAAUCUCGUAACUGCUACAGGUGGCAUGUGUACUGCCAAGAGAAGAUUAUCCCGAUCACAGGAGCGUAAACAGGGAGCGUUUUCAUCUGUUUGGAAAGACAAGAAUCCCAAUCCAGUCUGUGAUGAUGAGCUGCUUGAUGAUGUUGAAGCCUGUGAUGAUCUGCCCAUAGAUUAUACAAGUUUAUUACAGCCUGAAAAAUGUGAUGGUAAGACUUCAAAAUCAAGUCUGGCAUUGCAAUUGGAAGCAGUUGUACAACAGGAUCACCACAGACAUUCCAUGGCUGAACGUUUUGACAACCUUCGGGGAAGAAAUACAAAUCUGCUCUUCAAGUCAAAAAAGGAGAGUAGAAGAAAAGGUUUGGUACGACGUAAUGUCAUGAAUAAUAUGUCAGCGUCAGCAAAAGACGUAACAAGUGAUGAAGACCCUUGUGAGGAUUUGCACAGUGAAUCGUCUACAGACAAUGAGGACAAUGGUCAAAGUACAGAACUUGCUGUUGUAGAAUCUGAAUGGAAAACAAUGGCCGACAAAUUCCAGGAAGCAUUUGAAUGUGCUUCAAUGGAUGCUCUGAGACCUUUUGUAAUACCAAAACAAUCCCGUUCUGGACUCUUUGGAAGAUUGCAGCAUAUAAUGUUAGAGCAAAAGGAACAAGAUGCUGAAUUCUCAAAGAAGGUGCAAACCGAAGUUUGGCCUAAAGAUGAAGCUAAAUGCAUUGAUGUGAAGAUAUUAUCAAGAUCCUUUGAAGCGAAGCUGAGUGUUUGUUGUUGCUCUCUAGUUGAAAACGAGGAGAACUCACUUCAGAAUCCCCAACAAGAAAGAUUUGGAAAGAUGUGGACUGUGAUUUUCAGCUCUCGGGUUUGUGGUGAUGUUGAUUUGGAUGUAGGGAAUCUAAUUCGUAUCCAUCCGCCAUGCUUCGUGGUGGGAGGGAAGAAGGGAAGAACAAGUAGGGAACAAAAUGGUUCUCUCUCUCGGUUCAGCUUUUCUCUCCAAAUUUCCUCAUCCAAACACAUUAAUGUCCCGACGCCUAUCCGACCUCAGUUAUUAGGGUGGUUGUUACCUUGGAGGAGUUUCUGAAGGAGAGAUGUACAGGUGCUACCGGGUGGAGAAGUCAUACUUCUAACAACAUACUAUUCUCAAAUUUGUACUUGACUGACGAAUUUGUAUCUGAAAUAUGAAUAAUUUGGGACCAUGUGGGAGCAAACAUUUGACGGCGUACACUUGAAUGGCAUGGGCACAUCCGUCAAAUUUUGAUCUAACCCAAUCGGAAUUUCAACCCAUGUCUCGAAGAUGACCUUACCAAAUCGGAAAAAAUUGGGGCAUACUUGACUGUUUUGAUUUAUUUACAGUUUCACGUUAGCAUUUUCAAUUUAACGUCAUUAUUUUUUGUUGAAACCUACUAUAUUAUUAGUUAGUUUAAAAAAUUUAAUUCAACAUUUUUAAUUGUUGUCCAACAAUUAAUACAUUAGUCUAUUUUAAUAUAAUAAUAAUAUAAUAUUUUCUGCAAAAGCAAAAUUGUAUUUUAUUUUAAUAGAAAAAUCUAAUGAUAAGAAAAAAAAUUAUAAAAGCAAUUGACUUGUUGGGACAUUUCAAACCCGAAUUGAAUUGAUCCAAUUUGAAAAUUUCCCGACUGAAAGUGAUUCGAUUCAAAACCCCGUUUGAUCGUUUUGUUUUGACAGAUCUAGUCACUGGUACAAUUGAUAGAAUGGCUUCCUGGGGAUGUCAAUAAGCUUAGUCAAGUAAUGUGAUUCUUCCUCUGUUUCUAAAUGUGUUGUUAUGCCCAACAAAUCUGUUGAUGUAAAAAAUUUAAUGUAAAGUUAUGAACUCAAAUAUAUGCUUUUAUUCCAUGAAUUAGUAUUAUGUAAAAUGCUUUCAUUUUUAUAUACUCAGAAAAAUACGAUGGGUGAAACAAUCA